CCCCGCGCCGCCCCCCAGUGCCGCUUCAGCCUCCUCGGCCACACCGCCUCUCUCUCUGAAUCCCUUACCUCCAGUCCCCGCCAGCCGCAACCUAAUCCCCUCAUCCACACUCAACCACCUCUCACCCUCUCCCUUCCAUCAUGUUCAAGAAGCUCAAGGAGAAGGUCAACUCGAAGAAUGAUGCACCCAGUGGCGGGCUGCAGGGCAUGUCCUUCCGUGGCGGCCCGCCCUCGAAGCCCGGCGCUGCGUCCGGCGCCGCUCGCCCAUCCUGGUCGACGUCGCUAGACCCGGACCGCCCAGGCGCGACAGCCGCGAGCCUGUCGCCGCCGCGCGCGGGCGUCGCGUUCAUCGACGCGCGCGUCGCCCUCGUGUCCCCGAAAGAGCUCGGCUACCUCCUCGCCGCAAUGGCCAAGCUGCGGCUGCGCCCAGUGCUGGUGCCGAGCCUCGCCAAGAUCGUCGGCCAGGUGUGCAAGGAGAAGGGCGGGACGGGCGUGCAGAAGGAGCGCACGAUCAUCGAGAACCUGUUCACGAACGCACUGAGCGCCGCCAAAGCCGGCGAGGACGUCGUGGCAGCGCUCAACCCUGCGCUCGAUGUGCACUGGGUCGGCGAUAAGAAGUACGCGCUCGACGACGUCGUGCACGAGAACGUGUGGCUUGCGCUCGUCGAGGGCGUCGAGGACAAUGGGGAGAACAGGCCCGCCAUGGCCGCCAGCGGCGUCAAGCAGUCGAGCGAGGCGCUCAAGCAGAGCGCGGACCGCCUCACCAUCUCGAGCGAGAUCGUCACCGUCAGCCGACACACACUGGGCCCGCACAUCUUCUUUGCCGGUGACGAGAUCCUCGAGGCCGCGGCGGUAAAGGAUGCCGGCGGGCCAUACCUCACCGGCACGACGUUCAAGAACAUCGACAAGGCCGGAUUGGGAUUCAAGAGCCAGGCGGACGCCGAUGCUUUCGUCAAGCGUGUGCUUGAGCAGGCCAAGAUCGACGCCGCCGCAUCUCCCCCCAUCGCUAUCUCGAACGGCGCACCUACCAACGGGAACGGCAACGCGCCGGGGAACAGCAACGGCACGCCCGCGAGCGCGUCUGGCCCUGGAACCUCGCCAACCCAGAGCCUGUGGCUGCGGAACGCUGACACGUCAGAGGUGGUAUAUGACGUCGACCCCAAAGCCAAGUCGCCCUAAGUCUGCAUCUUCGCAGAGGUUGUAGGACGACGGCGACGACGGCGACGGCGACGACGGCGACGGCG